GCUUUUCCAUCAUCCAUAUUCCAUGGCAACUUCCCUUUCCAGUAGCUCUCUGCAACUCCCUCUCUCACUCCCAGCAAAAAAGUUCACAGAACCGUUUCUUUACAAUGAAUUCACCACAGUUUCAAUCUUUUCAUCAUCAAAAAUUAAAACCAAAUCCAAAUCAUUAAACUCAACCACAAUUAACUAUUCCUCAAUUCAAUAUCGAUUUCGCUCCAAUUUGAAUCAACCCCUUUCCUAUCAAUCUUCAUCCCAUCUAAUCGAUGAUGGAGGAAAAUCGAAACAUAGGGUUAUGUUAAAUAGUCUUAGGGUUUUAGAAUGGGAUAAACUUUGCGAUUCUGUUUCUUCAUUUGCGGGAACUUCUCUUGGUCGUAUUGCCUCUAAGGAGCAAUUGGCAUCGCUUGAUCAAACGUACGAGGAAAGCUUGAGGUUGUUAAGAGAGACUAAUGCAGCAGUGGAAAUUCGCAAGUUCAAUAAUGCUAUCAUGGAUUUUUCUUCCAUUGAUGUGUUUAUGGUGCGGUCUGCUGUAGACCAUGCUCGGAGGGCCUCGCCGGUGACAGGACAAGAAGCUAUUUCAGUUGCAGCUUUGCUACAGUUUGCUGAGGCUUUGCAGUCAAGUAUUAAAGCAGCCAUCAAAGAAAAUGCAGAUUUGCUUGACCGUUUCUUGCCCUUGGCUGACUUGAUCUUGGACUGGGUCACCAAUAAAUCAUUAGUAAGGGCAAUACUUCAAGUUGUUGAUGACGAUGGCUCUAUUAAAGACUCAGCGAGUGGAAAACUUAAACAAGCACGCUGGCGGGUUUUGGACCUUGAGAACAAGUUGCGUCAGUUAUUGAACUCUCUGAUUGCUAAUGAAACAAAUAAUACAAGUUCCUUGGAGGCAAGUAAUGUCGAUGGGAGAUGGUGCAUCAGAUCAGGAGCACAUCAAGUAACUAGUUUUAAGGGGUUACUGCUUUCGAGUGGAGCUGGGAUGGGUAACACUAUAGAACCAGUCUCUGCUGUGCAUUUGAAUGAUGAAUUACUUGGAGCAAAGGCAUCCAUAGCUGAUGCAGAAGCAGAAAUUCUUAUAGAAUUAACAGAAAAGAUUAAGCUGGACCUUGAUAGCAUUGACUCAUUGUUGAAGGAUGUAAUUGCACUUGAUGUAAUAAAUGCUAGGGCAAGUUAUGGCCUGUCAUUAGGAGGAACCUGUCCUGAGUUGCUUUUACUUGAUGAUCAGAACACUCCAUUAUCCUCAGAAGGCUUAAUGGAUAAAAGUAAUUCUGUCAAGCUCGCAUUUCAAACCAAGAAGAAAUGGAAGCUUUGUUUGCCCAAGGCAUUUCAUCCUCUUUUACUUCAACAGCACCGGCAUUAUCUUGUUGAAGCCAAAAAGGAUGCUGCUAAUGCUAUUGCUGACUUCAGGAGAAGAAGACUAUAUGGAAAAAAUAUAGGUCAGGAAGAAGUUACACAGUUAGAUAUUGAAAUACUACAAGAGAAGGUCAAUCAACUGGAACAGGCUCACCCAGUUCCAGCUGAUAUUCUGAUUGCUAAUAAUACAAGAGUCCUUCUUAUUACUGGACCUAAUACGGGCGGCAAAACCAUUUGCUUGAAAGCAGUUGGACUGGCUGCUAUGAUGGCUAAAGCAGGCCUGUAUGUUAUAUGUGCUGAAUCAGCUCAAGUUCCGUGGUUUGAUUCUAUUUUUGCUGAUAUUGGUGACGAACAAUCAUUAUCUCAGUCUUUAUCAACUUUCUCUGGACACCUCAGACAAAUCAGUGAUAUACAAGCUAGAUCGACAAGUCAGUCCCUGGUGCUUUUGGAUGAAGUUGGUGCUGGCACUAAUCCCUUAGAGGGAGCAGCACUUGGCAUGUCUAUUCUUGAGUCAUUUGCUGAAGCUGGUGCUUUGCUAACUGUAGCCACUACUCAUCAUGGUGAACUUAAAACCCUCAAGUACAGCAAUGAUGCAUUUGAGAAUGCAUGCAUGGAGUUUGAUGAAGUCAACUUAAAACCAACCUACAAGAUUCUUUGGGGAGUUCCAGGACGUUCAAAUGCUAUAAAUAUAGCCGAAAGGCUCAAGUUGCCGAAAGUUAUUAUAAAUAAUGCCCGUUUACUAUAUGGAGUAGCCAGUGCAGAGAUAGAUGAGGUCAUAUUUGAUUUAGAAAAGUUCAAGCUAGAUAUUGAAGAAUACGUAGAUGAGUCUCGACAUUAUUUGAGGCUUUCCAGAGAACUUCAUGAAAAAUUACAGCGUGCACGGAGGAAGCUUGAUGAGCAUAGUUCAGAUAUGAAAUAUGGAAUGGUUCGACAAAUAUUAGACUUUGCUUCUAUGGCACGCUCAAUUCUUCACAAGAAGAUGCGUGAAUAUCGUGCGUCUGUGCGUGAGGUUUCCCAUUCUGCCGAAGAAGACACUUAUCAGUCUAGCGUGGCAGUUAAAAGCCAGCAUUCUGCAGCAAGUGCUAAGUCACUCAUCCCAGAACCUCAAAGCGCUCCAUCAGUUGAAACUAAGCAUUCAUCAUCAGAGAGAAAGAUUACAAUCCCGAAGGUUGGUGAUACUGUGCAAAUAUCUUCCCUGGGGACAAAAGCAACAGUUGUUAAGGUCGAACCAUCUAAAAACGAGAUAGUCGUGCAAGCCGGUAAACUCAAGUUGAAGUUGAACUUAUCUGCAAUCAAGUCCUGACUCAUCAAUCACGUAAAAGGCUUUCCUGCUGCCGAACUGAGGGUCAACGUCAAACAAAUCUUUCUAACUCAUCUGAUCGAGUACAAAAGUUUGGAGGAUUGAUCGGUUGGCAUGUAGUGCGCGUUGUAUGCUUGUAACGCAAGUAAUGAGCCUUAAUUUUUUAUGGCUGAACUUGUUUGAUCUCAAGAGUUAAAAUGUCCGCUUUCGAGGCUUUGUAUAGUAGUCAAAUCGAGUUCGAUAAAUUAUCAGUUGCAUAAAGGUUUAGAUGCUCAAAAAUUGCCUCACAAGUUUUCCUUUUCCAUGAAUAAUGCAAUAAAGACUCCGUAGUUAUGAGCAA